CGGCCUCUCCCCAACACCUCCCACGAUCUCUUGUUUUUAUAGCUGAUUUCACUCCGUAAUUGACCCACUUUGUUUCUCAAUCUACCACAGUUCAAUCUCGGCAUUUCCUAUGGAUCUCGACGCCGGCGACUCCCCGUGGGGCGACGUGCCUUCGCAAUCAAGCAGCAGCCAUAAUGUUCCACGAUCCGAAGCAGAAGAAGCUUCUCCCGAACAACCGAUACAACAAGCUAGCUCCAAUGCCCCCCGUUCUCCCGUACGACGAGGCCCACGAGGCACCCGAAGGAUCAAUGCGCAGGCGACAAAGCUAGAAGCGGUGGAUGACUCGUUUGAUCCGCUUGGUCCGCUCGGGGACAAGGCCGAGGGCAGUCCUCAUGAACAGGCUCCUACCCCGCCCCAGAAGGAGGCCUUCUCAGGGCGCAAUGUUCGACCGACAUCAUCUGCUUCCCAGGUGUCUACUGGAGCUACAUUGGCGGAUUCUGUGGACUUGGAAGAGGAUGGUGCCGGAUUUAGAGGGCCUCCGCCAGUACAACCCCCGAGUGAUGUGGAAGGGUCGAAACGGCAAUCCCAGCCCAGCAUCAGCGUUGAAAAAGCUGCGAACCCGACCUUUGAAAUUACUGUUGGCGAUCCGCACAAAGUGGGCGAUCUCACGAGUAGUCAUAUCGUGUAUCAAGUGAGAACCAAGACAACCUCCAAGGCAUACCGACAGUCGGAGUUCACUGUCAGCCGCAGAUACCGUGAUUUCCUUUGGCUCUACAACUCGAUGCACAACAACAACCCCGGCGUUGUGGUCCCCCCUCCUCCAGAGAAGCAGGCGGUGGGUCGUUUUGAUACGAAUUUCGUCGAGUCUAGACGAGCUGCUCUCGAGCGGAUGCUGAACAAGAUCGCGGCGCAUCCUAUCCUCCAGCAUGAUGGUGACCUUAAAAUCUUCCUGGAGAGCGAAACCUUUAACAUGGACGUAAAGAACAAGGAGAACAGAGAGCCUGAUCUUGGCCAAAGCAAGGGCAUGUUCAGCUCCUUUGGAAUUAACGUCGGUGGUGGCGGGAAAUUUGUCGAGCACGACGAUUGGUUCCAUGACCGGAAGAUUUACCUUGAUGCCCUGGAGAAUCAGCUCAAGGCAUUGAUGAAAUCUGUCGACACGGUGGUGGCGCAACGCAAGGGCUUGUCUGAGGCUGCUGGUGAUUUUUCGGCAUCCCUCCAUGCGUUGGCGGCUGUCGAGUUGUCACCAACACUUUCCACCCCUCUGGACGGCCUUUCCGACCUCCAGCUACGUAUUAGAGAGCUGUACGAACGCCAAGCCCAGCAGGAUGUCCUUACUCUGGGAAUCACCAUCGACGAGUAUCUUCGCUUGAUUGGGAGUGUAAAGACAGCUUUCACUCAGCGACAGAAGGCUUUCCAUAGCUGGCACGCGGCGGAGGCAGAAAUGCAGAAGCGCAAACAUAAUCAGGAGAAGCUUCUCAGGCAGGGCAAGACGCAACAAGAUCGUCUGACCCAGGUCAAUGCCGAUGUGGCGGAUGCCGAACGAAAAGUUCACCAGGCGCGCCUGUUGUUCGAGGAUAUGGGCCGGCUAAUGCGAAAUGAGCUACAGCGAUUCGAGAAGGAGAAGGUUGAGGACUUCAAGUCUGGCAUUGAGACCUUUUUGGAGAGCGCAGUUGAAGCCCAGAAGGAGCUGAUUGAGCUCUGGGAGACGUUUCUCUUGCAACUCGAUGCGGGCGAAGAAGGCAAUCCUCUAUACGGCAACGUGGGAGCGAGCGAUGCUGCUGCGCCGCCUGCGGUCGAGGGAACUGCCGAAGCUACACCGACCGAAGAGGCAUAGGCAUCUGUACAAAAGAAAAGCAACGACUCGUUGAUGUCCCAUCCACCCUCCCCUUGCAUUCCUAUCCAACGUUAAUUGUCACUCCGUCUACUUACUGUGAGAUGCAGCGCACACUUGUUUUAUCUUAUGGCGAGUCUUUCCCACGUAUGCAAUCGGAACCCUAUCUAGCAGCGUCCUGAUAUCAAUGGUCCCCAAUGUGGUUCCCAAUGUAGCAUUUAAUCCUUCUACCUUGUUUGUUCCCACCAAUUCAACGCCUCGGUUAGAGGCCAUACCCUGGAAGCGGGAACCACCGAUGCUGAAACUCCAUUUGAAUGGUAUGGUGUACUGUACAUAAAGCUGAACAAGAUCUGUAUCGUAUAACAACAACAUCGAACGA